AAAGUUAACACGGAGCAAUCGUGCUGCUCCUUCGAGUGCCAGCCUUCCCGAGGGCUCCCUGGACCUCCCGGUGACCCGGGCAAUGAGGGAGAAAGAGGCAAGCCAGGUCUUCCUGGCCAGAAAGGAGAUGCUGGAGACCCAGGCAGGCCAGGGGACAUGGGACCUGUUGGCUACCAAGGAAUGAAGGGUGACAAGGGAAGUCGAGGAGAAAAGGGCUCGAGAGGAGCCAAAGGAGCCAAGGGUGAGAAGGGCAGGCGUGGAAUCGAUGGCAUCGAUGGCAUGAAGGGUGAAGCUGGAUAUCCCGGGUUACCUGGCUGCAAAGGCUCACCCGGAUUCGACGGAGCUCAAGGCCCGCCUGGACCAAAGGGAGAUCCUGGUGCUUACGGACCCAAAGGAGGAAAGGGGGAGCCUGGGGAUGAUGGAAAACCUGGCCGACAGGGGAUUCCCGGCAGCCCUGGAGAAAAGGGCACGCCUGGAAACCGGGGUGAGCCUGGACCGGUAGGAGAGACGGGCGACGAGGGCGCUCCGGGCGCAGAUGGUCCUCCUGGAGAACGGGGCAGCAAUGGAGAAAGAGGCCCCCCGGGCUCACCAGGAGACCGCGGGCCAAGAGGAGAGCCGGGAGAGCCUGGACCACCUGGUGACCAAGGGCGGGAAGGACCCCUCGGACCACCUGGCGACCAGGGCGAGGUUGGACCCCCGGGACCCAAGGGCUACAGGGGAGACGAUGGCCCCCGCGGCAAUGAGGGCCCAAAGGGAUUGCCUGGAGCACCUGGGCUACCUGGAGACCCUGGUCUGAUGGGAGAAAGGGGGGAGGAUGGCCCUCCUGGGAACGGCACAAUUGGAUUCACAGGCGCCCCAGGGCAGCCAGGAGACAGAGGUGACCCUGGCAUUAACGGAACGAAAGGCUAUGUUGGUCCUAAAGGUGAUGAAGGAGAAGCUGGAGACCCUGGCAAUGAUAACCCAACCCCUGGCCCCAGGGGCAUCAAAGGAGCAAAGGGCCACAGGGGACCUGAAGGCCUCCCAGGACCACCAGGACCUGUGGGGCCUCCGGGACCAGAUGAAUGUGAAAUCUUGGACAUCAUCAUGAAGAUGUGCUCUUGCUGCGAGUGCACCUGCGGUCCCGUCGACCUCCUCUUCGUGUUGGACAGCUCGGAGAGCAUCGGCCUGCAGAACUUCCAGAUUGCCAAGGACUUCAUCAUCAAAGUCAUCGACCGCCUGAGCAAGGACGAGCGUGUGAAGUUUGAAGCUGGGGAGUCCCGUGUGGGCGUUGUGCAGUACAGCCAUGACAAUACACAGGAGCUGGUGGCCAUGGGGGAUGCCAACAUAGACAACAUCGGGGCGCUCAAACAGGCAGUCAAGAAUCUGAAAUGGAUAGCUGGGGGUACCUACACUGGAGAAGCCCUGCAGUUCACCAAGGACAACCUGCUGCGAAGAUUCACCUCUGACAAGCGCGUUGCCAUCGUCAUCACGGACGGACGCUCUGACACGCUGCGGGACCCUACCCCGCUCAACUCUCUGUGCGAUGUCACCCCGGUGGUUUCCCUUGGGAUAGGCGACAUUUUCCGGAACCCUCCAAAUCCAGAUCACCUGAAUGACAUCGCUUGUUUAAGCAGACCGACCAGGCCAGGACUGUCUAUUCAAAGGGACAACUAUGCCGAGCUCCUGGAUGACACCUUCCUGCAAAACAUCACGUCGUAUGUCUGCCAAGAGAAGAAAUGUCCAGACUACACGUGCCCAAUCACCUUCGCUGGGCUGGCAGACAUCACGCUGCUGGUGGACAGCUCCACCAGCGUGGGGAGCAAGAACUUCGAGACCACCAAGAAGUUCGUGAAGCGGCUGGCGGAGCGGGUCCCUGCCGACGAUUCCGUGCGUGUCUCAGUGGUCCAGUACAGUGGCAGGAACCAGCAGAAAGUGGAAGCUCAGUUCCAGUACAACUACACAGUCAUUGCCAAAGCCAUCGACAACAUGGAAUUCAUUAACGAUGCCACGGAUGUCAACGCUGCUCUGCGGUAUGUCACAGGGCUCUACCAGCGGUCCUCCCGUCCUGGAGCGAAGAAGAGGGUGCUGGUGUUUUCUGAUGGCAACUCUCAAGGGAUCACCGCGAGGGCCAUUGAGGGGGCUGUGCAGGAAGCUCAGCAGGUUGGCAUCGAGAUCUACGUGCUGGCAGUGGGCAGCCAAGCUAACGAGCCCAACAUCCGUGUCCUGGUCACAGGGAAGAGCGCAGAUUACGAUGUGGUCUACGGGGAACGCCACCUCUUCCGUGUGCCCGACUAUACCUCUCUGCUGCGUGGCGUCUUCUACCAAACUGUCUCCAGGAAGAUAGCUGUUGACUGAGCAUCUGGGUGGGUUUCUGCCAAGGCCAUGCGUGCUUCUGUCUCGCCUAAAAAUGAAAACCAACAAAACAAAAAAAAUUAACAGUAUUCUUGACCAACCUAAGGAAUUUGCAUCUAUGCAGAUAGCCAUAGUGCCACAGCAUGGCUGUGCAUAGUCCCUUUCCUUCUCCCCCUGCUUCAUCAUCUGCAUCUCUACUCUGUUAG